AUGGCUUCCAUGUCUUUGCUCUGCAUUGUUUCCCUCAUUGCAUUCUCCACAGCUUUCGUCGACGCAACUUUUCCCAGUACUUACUCUGAGGGACCAUGGAAGAAAGCCCAUGCUACUUUUUAUGGUGGCGAUGACGCCACAGGAACUAUGGGAGGGGCAUGCGGGUACGGGAAUCUCUACAGCGACGGCUACGGCAUCAACACGGCGGCGCUGAGCACUGCUCUCUUCAACAGCGGUUUGAGCUGUGGAGCCUGUUUUGAAAUCAAGUGCGUAAACACCAAAUGGUGUCACCCUGGUCGUCCCUCAAUCUUUGUCACUGCCACCAAUUUCUGCCCCCCAAAUUGGGCUCAGGCCAGCGACAAUGGCGGCUGGUGCAACCCUCCUCGCACUCACUUCGAUCUCUCUCAGCCCAUCUUCCUCAAAAUCGCCGAGUACCGCGCCGGCAUUGUCCCUGUUGCAUAUCGCCGUGUGCCAUGCCGGAAAAGAGGAGGGAUCAGGUUCAAGAUCAACGGAAACCCCCAUUUCAACUUGGUUCUGAUCACCAACGUGGCCGGUGCAGGGGACAUUGUGAAGGUGAGCGUCAAAGGGUCCAAAACUGGAUGGAUGCCCAUGAGCCGUAACUGGGGGCAGAAUUGGCAGUCAGACACCGUUUUGGUCGGACAGUCACUCUCCUUCAGUGUCAAAACCAGUGACGGUCGCACCUCUACCUCUUGGAACGUUGUCCCUUCCAAUUGGCAGUUCGGGCAAUCCUUCACCGGAAAAAACUUCUGA